AGCUAUUACGCAAUCUUAGUAAAGCCCAAAAAUCAAGGUUCAACUAUUCUCGACUAUCACUUGGUAUGCGGCUCAGUUUCUAUUAGGAAGAGGUGCAACUCUCUAAAGGAAAGUCAGAGCAUCAGCAAACAUGGGAGACUGGGGAUUUCUCUCAGCGUUAUUAGACAAAGUGCAGUCUCACUCCACCGUCAUCGGCAAAAUAUGGAUGAGCGUCCUCUUCAUCUUCAGGAUCCUGGUGCUGGGAGCGGCGGCGGAGAGCGUGUGGGGUGACGAACAGUCUAGUUUGGUUUGCAACACGUUGCAACCCGGUUGCGAGAACGUGUGUUACGACUGGCAGUUCCCCAUCUCGCACAUCCGCUUCUGGGUCAUGCAGAUCCUAUUUGUGUCCACUCCAACUUUGGUGUACCUCGGCCAUGUGGUGCAGGUCAUUCACCAAGAGAAAAAACUCAGGGAGAAGAUAAAAAGCCUUGGCGAGGGCCACAGGUUGAAGUUACCCAAAUACACAGAUGAAAGUGGCCAUGUCACGAUUAAAGGAAACCUGCUCGGCAGUUAUCUGACCCAGCUGUUUUUUAAAAUCAUCCUCGAGACCGCGUUCAUCGUUGGACAGUAUUAUUUAUACGGCUUUAUUAUGAUCGCCAAGUUUACAUGUUCCCAAUCUCCUUGUCCUUACACCGUAGAAUGUUUCAUGUCCCGUCCCACAGAGAAGACUAUCUUUAUCAUCUUUAUGCUAGUGGUGGCCUGUGUGUCUCUGUUACUGAAUGUCAUAGAGGUGUUUUACCUGCUGUUCACCCGGGUGGGAUGCAAGAAACGCUCGCAUCACAUCACUUCGCCAAGAAACCCCGCCAGUUUGCCAUCUUCCUGGCAGAUGACCUCGGAAGACGCUCUGAGGCAGAACAAAAUGAACAAGCAGUAUGAGAGCGGUCAGAGUCUUGGAGGAAGCCUGGAUGGGGCGAAAGAAGAGAAAAAAUUGAUGGAAGACCAUUAGAUUUGGACUUUUGUGUCUCAGAAAUGUAGCAAAUCUGCCAAGUUUUAAGAGAAACAUCUUUUCCAAAGCUCUUAACUGAUUGUCCAGUAUUUUACACACUUGAGAAUAUAACCUUAAUAUAUACUUGUGAAACAAAGUAUAUUGGUAUGGUAUAGAACUCUAUUAAAUGGAUUGUGUUAUUUAAUUAUUUUAUGAUUAUUCUGUGCAUAAUACAUGUUUGGAUAGUUUUGAUAUACUAUGGUAAAAAAUGCUUACUGUUGUUAUUUGAUUGUAUAUAAUGUGUGUAAAUAUUUCAAAGAGUCAGUAGAGACUUAAGCACUAAUGUCCACAUGUCUUGUCUGAUGUUGUCAUUUCCAUUGGCCACAUUUUACGUUACAAAACAGACAGCAGAAAGACAAUGUCCUUGUUUAAAAUAAAACUUUUAAAACAA